UCGCGUGUGGCUUUCACGCGCUUCACUCCGACCAGCUCCUGCGCUGCGCGUCACGCAGUUUCUCAGUACAGCAGCUCCGAUUCAGUAACUUUACGCGUCUCAGGAUCUGUAAAAGACAGCAGUUUCGCUCAGUACAAUUCGGCGGUGUUUUUAAGACGUAACUCAGCGCUUUGCCUGGUGUAUUUUUGCGGCUCUCUCGUUUGUUUCAGGUUCAGUUUGGAGGCGACGCGGAGAGCGAAACUGCGCUUAGAGAAAGGACAGGAGCAGAAAAGCAGGAGCUCUCCUGAUCCCCUGCGUGUUUGUGUGUGUAUGUGUGUGUGUGUGUGUGUGUGUCUUCAUCAUGCACGCACGGAUUUGACAUGUUUUCAUUUCCAACUUUGUGAGAAGGCGCAGUAUAAAAUCAUCCAAGACAGUUUGUCGGCACAGAAACAAGGAAGUAUAAAGGAUUGAGACUGAAUCAGCUUUUAUUUGUUGAUUUGGGUGGAUUUUGUAUUUCUUGUUUCUCCAAGUAAUCGCUCCUAGAAGGGAUGCGCUUCCACUUCGCCCGGACUACAUACUGAAAGCCGGCAGGCGCAGUCGCUGCAGCGGCGCUUUAAAGAAGCUACAUUCACACCGUUCUCCUUUGGCACUAUAACAGCUCUUGGGCAUCUUCAGAGGGGGAACAGUUUAUGUACAGACCUGUGGAAGUGUUCAUCACGGAAAGGGUUGAUCACAUGUGAUUUGGCUGCCGGUGCUUUUUGUUGUUUCACCUGGUGCUCGUUCCCCGGACAGACCCCGGUACCGCGUGCCCGUAUCAGGACCGUGCUGCGCGCUUGAGGUUGUUGGAGAUGGCUCCGGUGGGGACGCUGCUGAUCGGGGCUGUGUUAGUGUGGGUGUCGGUGUUGGGUGAAGAACCAUCCGCUAAAGCCGUAGCCGACCGAUACGCUGUCUACUGGAACCGCACGAAUCCCCGAUUUUAUCGAGGUGACUACCACCUUGACGUGUGCAUCAAUGACUACCUGGAUGUCUACUGUCCCCACUACAUGGACUCGGUGCCGGAGGAGAGGACAGAGCGCUACAUGCUGUACAUGGUCAACUAUGAUGGCUACAGCUCCUGUGACCACACAGCGACAGGCUUCAAACGCUGGGAGUGCAAUCGCCCUUACUCUCCCACUGGGCCUCUCAAGUUCUCUGAGAAGUUUCAGCUCUUCACACCAUUCUCGCUGGGCUUUGAGUUCCGACCAGGCAGAGAAUACUACUAUAUAUCCUCCACGGUCGCUGAGAAUGGGAGAAAGACCUGCCUGAGGCUGAAAGUUUUUGUCAGACCAGCAAACAACUGCGUGAAAACCGUCAGCGUUCAUGACCGGGUCUUUGACGUCAAUGACAGUAACUCAAUAGAGCCCAGAGACGAUACGAGCCACGAAUCUGCCGAGCCGUCCCGAGGGGACGUCAAUUCUGCUGGACGUGUACAUAUGGCUGGUCUCUCGCUAGUCUCGGCCCUGAUCAUCCUCAUCUCUCACAUAUCAUUAUAGCGGCCUACGUGAGCGUGGGUGCAGUAACAGGUCCCAAUCUUAAAGCCGAGGAGGACUCUUAAAAGAGCACUUUUUUUAAAAAGUAGACAUCAGACGUCCUCAUUAUCUCCACUGAGAUUCAGAACAUGUACCUCUAAUGAGAAGAUGCCAGAACGCCAGUCGAUGUGAGUGGGAUCUUCUCAUCCGGGAUUCAUUACAGGAAGGAUCUUGGAGGAUAUCGAUACACUACCCAGAUACAUGUAUAUGCAUACACACAACUUCUUUCAUCAAGAAAUGACUUACCUUAAAACGGAAGGUUGAAAAGACAUAUAUACUCAUUAGUUUUUUGGGGUUUUUUGGACAUUAUAUUUGUAAAAGGAAUGGCAGACUCCCAUCAACAAGAGCCAGAUGUCUAAUUUCUGGAAACAUGGGAACAUUUUGGACACAACUAUGUACAGGACUGAUGGAGAACUGGUUACAGAGUGUACCUUUUAAAAAAAACAGAAAGAGAUCAUUUUUAAUGGGACGAGUCUUUACCUGAGGACUUUAUUGUUGUUUUUAAGAAGUUUUCUUAUAUAAAAAGAAAUAAGCACUCGUCUGUUUUGUACAUUGUGUACAGUUUAAAAAGCAGAAUACAAAGUGGAGACUGUGUUCUUGAAGUGAAAAAGUGCUCAAGUGUAGUAGCAACAGUGGUAUUUUGCUAUAGAGUUUGAAGCCUCACUGAUCAGUUGUUUAAAUUAAUAUACAUAUUUGUUUGACAAAAAGCAUUUCCCCCUAUUUAUUACUCAUUAUUUCACCCACAAUCACUGCAGCUAAUAGUGAGGUUUCACCCUGCGUUCACACUAGCAAUCAGCAGUGUAGUUGUGGCCUGUCUAGCUUGUUGAAGUAAGCAGUAAUACACUGGGGUGCAUGAUGUUAUGGGAAAAUAAUCAGCAAUGGGAUGGAGUGAUGUAACAUGACACAGUGGAUUAUUUUCCUGUAGCAGCAUGUACUUUUAUCCUCUUUAUGCCACAGAGAUUUGCCAACUACACUCCUUUUAAGAACAACACUUUGUACUUUUUAUCCAUUUAUAGUUACAUUUAAUGUUGUUGAACAUCCACAAAGUUAAUUCCUGUUAUCACUUAACAUGAUGUUUUUUUUUUCUCUUUUGAAGUUAAUAAGAUAAAAAACAAAGCCUGUCAUGUUACCGAGGAACCACAAAGCAGAAACGAAAAAUCUAAAAGACUUUCCUGUGUCGGAAACCUUAAACUUACACCUACCUUCACAUCUGAAUGUUAUAAAGCGCUAGAGACUUCAUUCCAUAAAUAUUAAAUAAACAUCUCCUUAUAGAAACCA